AUGACAAAUUUAUAUCAUCAACUUGAAUUUCAUUAUUAUUCUCGUGAUCAUAGUUGUUUUGGUAAUUAUACAUUAAUUGGCAAAUCUUCUGUUGUUGGACCAUUAAAUUAUAAUGAAUCAACACGUAUUCAUUUAGCUUAUGGUAAUCAUAUUGAUGAAAUGGAUGUUUCAUAUUUAACAAAUAUAUCUGAAUAUAUUCCUCAAUAUCGAUAUGAAUUAAGUCCAUCUUCUUUGAAUUUUCAUCCAAGUGAAACAACAAUAACAUAUACAGCAUUCGAUAUAUGUAAAGAAAAAGCAGUUAUAAGAGGACCACAAACAUUUAUUGAUCAUAGAUAUAUGCAUAUUAUUUUAUUAGAAAAUCUUCAAGCAUGGACAGUAAAUGUAACUUGUUUACUUCAUAUUGGUGAUAUUAGUUAUGUUAGAGGUAUUGGAGCUUUAUGGGAUGCAUUUAUAACCCAAAUACAACCAAUAGCUGCUCUUGUACCUUAUAUGGUUGAAAUUGGAAAUCAUGAGGGUAAUCAUGGUACUGAUUCAGAUGAUGAAUGUGCUGUUCCAAUGGUUCGUCGUUUUCAUUCUCCAUCAAAUGAUAAUAGUUUAUUUUGGUAUAAUCUUGAUGUUGGUCCAAUUCAUAGAAUUUAUUAUUCAACAGAACAUGAUUUUCGUCGUACAUCACUUCAAUAUUCUGGGAUUGAAGAUCUUCAUUCAGUGUGA